AAUGAUGGUUUGCCGGACCAGAUAUGCACUGCCUGCUUAGAGAAAUUGGAGGGAAUGCAGCAGUUUAUCAGUGAAUGUAAAAGUUCAGAAGAUCACCUCAGAAAUCUUGUACACAAGACCAUGUUAUCCGCUGCCACUUUUCAGCCCAAAGAGCCGGUUACUAGUCAGAGAAAACGUGCUAGGAAGCAAACCAUGGAAGAGAGAUUCAUCGGAAAACUGCCUUUAAAAACUAAACCCAUCGAACCUACCGAAAAAUGCGUGAAAAGUACGCUUAUAGAUACAUCUCAUAUAGAAUUAGAAGAGGACGUUUCGGAGAAGUACCUAUUUUCCAUUAACGAUAACUUGGAAGACCAAAAACCCAAUAUGGAGGAAGAGUUCGCCGUCAGUAACUUGGUAGAGGAGGGAAAUGACUUGGAGACUUCUUCGCAGACAAGCACCAUGGUCAUAACCAUAGACAGUGGAACCGAUGCACAGGAAGCCAGUGAUGGAGAUAUCGGCACGCCAAAGUCUGAUUCAGCCAUUGAAUAUAAUAUAGACCUAGGGAUCGCCUGUGCGCCGCAAAGGCACAUAUGUCGCAUCUGCAGCAACUCGUAUCCCAAUGCAUCUCAACUCAAUUCCCACCUUCGGUCGCAUCGAGGCGAAAAGUCUUUUGAGUGCGAAUUUUGUGGCAAGAAAUUUAAUGCCGCCUGCAAUCUUACUACCCAUGUACGAACGCACACUGGCGAGAAGCCCUUCGAAUGUGAUUUCUGUAAGCGACGAUUCGCUGAUCGCAGCACACAUCGCAAACACGAGAGAAUGCACACCAAUGAACGUCCAUACCUAUGCGGUAUUUGCGGAAAGGCUUUCUCUCUCUCCACCUCGCUGAAGGCUCACUAUUUCUCACACUCUUCUGAAAAGCCGCAUAAAUGCGCCAUCUGUAGCAAAGGAUUCCGCCUGCGACACCAGCUUAAGGCACACGAGAAGACACAUGUGAACCGAGGGGAAGUGGCCAUAUCAAUACCCCAAGAGGAAUAUGAUAUAUUAGCAACAAGCUAACAAAUACAAUAGUAUAAAUUUUAUUAAUAAUUACAUUAAUUGUCUUUUUCUCUGUUU